AUGUCUUAUAAACUAAAGAAAGAAGACACUUUAAAUAUUAAAAUAUCUGUAGUUGGUUUACCAAAAGUUGGUAAAACUUCAUUGAUACAAAAGUAUUGUAAAUAUUAUGGUGAAGACAAAGAUAUAUAUAAAAAAAUUAUGGUUUUUAAAAAUAGAAAGCUGCAACUGUCAAUAUUUGACAUUGAACUUAAGUGCGAAUCUUAUUCUUUAUACCGCAACUCUGCUGUGUUUAUUUAUGUGUAUGAUGUGACAAAUAACAAUGAUUUUGAAAAAAAUCUUCGCAAUGGAUACGAAGAAUUAAGAAGGUAUGGACCAUUUAAAGGUAAAGUUCCCAGAAUCAUAUGUGGAACUAAAGCUGAUUUACCUUGCGUUGUUGAUGAAAAUAUUAUAGAUAAAUUUAUUUGUGAGAAAAAAGAACACUCAAAUGUUUAUUUAGAACACUUAAAAGUUAGUAUAAAUGAUAAUGUUGCUAUCGAUAACCUGUUCGAGGGUGUUUUACCAUACGCAAUUGAGACACAAAUAGAAGUGCUAAAAGAUCAAAAUAAAUAUGUUCCACCACCUAUAAAAAAGGAAUGCGUCUUGGUUUGA